AUGGGUUCGCCAACACUACCAGGAACAGGUCCACUAUCGGCUAAAGAAAAGGCGCAAAAGCUCCAGGUAUAUUUGGAUAAGUUCCUUGGAUACUGCACGCAUGAGACGUCGAGGAUCGAAUGGAGUGAUGAGAAGAAGCGAUUCCAGUGUGCUAGCUUCAUAAUUGACAGGGUCAUCAAUCUCUACAUUGCCGAAUGCUUUUCUGAUUUGGAAACCAACGGAGUAGAUAUUUUUGGUGGCUGGGAAGGGGCCGAUGAUACGAUAGAAGCCCUUGAAACUGCAGAUCCCAUUGUCAUUGCUCGGUACUGGUUGAUUCGCUGGGUGAACAAUCUAGCGGCAGUUCAGCAGCUACCAGCAGAACAACGCCAUGUAGGUGUACUACUGUACCAUGAUGCGUUAUUUGCUUCGCAUAGAGCUACCAACAUGGCUUUGAGCCUGAUGAGAGAAGCAAUGACUCUUCCUCUUGCAUGCAGCAAUGUUAUACAAAAGGUCCCAGUGGAGACAUCGUCAUUGCUACUCAUCAAUAUGCUUUUGUCAUUUUUCCAAUCGCCAUAUUUGGCUCAACCGGGUGAUCGUCUACAGUCAGCCAUAACGACAUCUUAUUCCAUACUUCGUGCCUGUCGUGAUCUCGCUGCUCAACGGCUCAAUUUACCCCGACCACUUUCUAUAAGAGUGUGGUGA